CGCGGGAGCGUGGGAACGCGCGGCGCGGCGCGGCGCGGCAGGAUGUGUGACAGGAAUGGUGGCCGGCGACUGCGACAGUGGCUGAUCGAGCAAAUCGACAGCAGCAUGUAUCCAGGACUGAUCUGGGAAAAUGACGAGAAGAACAUGUUCCGGAUCCCAUGGAAGCAUGCCGGCAAGCAGGACUAUAACCAGGAGGUGGACGCCUCCAUCUUCAAGGCCUGGGCGGUUUUUAAAGGGAAGUUUAAGGAAGGGGACAAAGCUGAACCAGCCACUUGGAAGACAAGGUUACGCUGUGCUUUGAACAAGAGCCCAGAUUUUGAGGAAGUGACAGACCGCUCCCAGCUGGACAUUUCUGAGCCAUACAAAGUCUACCGAAUUGUCCCAGAGGAAGAGCAAAAAUGCAAGCUGGGCGUGGCAGCUCCCAGCUGUGUGAACGACGCUGUGGACCUGGAGUGUGGCCGCUUGGAGAUGGAGGAGGUGAUCAAGGAGCCUCCCGUGGACGAUUACCUGGGGAUGAUCAAGCGGAGCCCCUCCCCGCCGGAGGCCUGCCGGAGCCAGCUCCUCCCGGACUGGUGGGUGCAGCAGCCCAGCACAGGCUUGCCGCUGGUGCCCGGGUACACCGCCUAUGAAGCGCACCACUCAGCCUUCUCCCAGAUGGUGAUCAGCUUCUACUACGGCGGCAAGCUGGUGGGCCAGACCACCACCACCUGCCCCGAGGGCUGCCGCCUGGCCCUGAGCCAGCCGGGCCCCAAGGCCUUGGGCCCCGAGGGCCUGCAGCUGGUGUGCUUCCCGCCCGCCGACACCAUCCCCAGCGAGCGGCAGAGGCAGGUGACGCGCAAGCUGUUCGGGCACCUGGAGCGAGGYGUGCUGCUGCACAGCAGCCGGCAGGGCGUGUUCGCCAGGCGGCUGUGCCAGGGCCGCGUGUUCUGCAGCGGCAACGCCGUGGUGAGCAAGGGCCGGCCCAACAAGCUGGAGCGCGAGGCCGUGGUCCAGGUCUUCGACACCAGCCAGUUCUUCMGAGAGCUGCAGCAGUUCUACAGCAGCCAGAGCCGCCUCCCGGAGAGCAGGGUGGUGCUGUGCUUCGGGGAGGAGUUUCCAGACAUGGCUCCCCUGCGCUCCAAGCUCAUUCUUGUGCAGAUCGAGCAGCUGUACGUGCGGCAGCUGAUGGAGGAGGUGGGGAAGAGCUGCGGUGCGGGCUCCCUGCUGCAGGCCCCCGAGGAGCCCCCGCCCGACCAGGCCUUCCGGAUGUUUCCCGAUGUCUGUGCCUCACACCAGAGACCMUUUUUCCGAGAAAACCAGCAGAUCACCGUCUAAGCAGCGUCCUCCUGGGCCCCCACAUGCUUGCACUGGUGCCUCUGGGGACUGUGACAAGGGCUGUGGGCCCUCAGGUGCCGUCGGCGUCCCGGACCUGUGUGGGUGCCUCCGAGGUGUGCACGUUGGGCCAGAGUUGGGCCAAGACGAAAGCGACAGGAGCCCAGGAAGGUCUGGCUGCUGUAACGUGGCUUUUGAUUAAAAAAUGUAAUUUUCUGCAUUUUUCUUUAAUAUUCAGUAAUCGCUACGAUUCUUUUGCGUUUUGGGUUAAUGGAUGUCUGCAAAGACUCGCCAGCCCUGCGCACGCGCUGCUCUGCCUGACAUGCCUGAGCUGAGGGUCGGCUGGCGAGGAGGAGGCUCUUUCUGUCCCGUUAGGAUGCAGAGUUGUGACUUCAGAUGCCUGAUUCCACACACAGUGGCAUUUUGCUUCUGAGCUCUUUAGUAAGAUUUCACAAUAUUUAGUAGAGCCAUCUUCCCUCUGGGGAGGGGGCCACUGUGGCCCGUGAAARGGGGUAGGGUGCACCUGGGAGUGCAGGUGCGCAGGUGCCCCAGUCGGCCCCAGUCUGCACCCCAGCGCCCCUCUCCAGCAGAGCUGUGUGGCAGUGGCCAACAGAUGACCUUGUGCUGGCGCUAGGAGAAUGGACCCUACUUACUAGCAAAUAGGAUGCAUUUCCUGUGCCAAGUUGGUCAGAAUUGAGAGGCCGCUUAGAAGCCAGCCGCAGGAGCCUCAGUGCUGGCUUAGAGGCCGGGGCUCGGCCUGGUCAUCUUUUGAGAUCUGAUGUCUUUCCAAACCACUUUGAAAUUGCUUUUGAAAUCUGCUUGAUUAAAAAGUACUUGAAUGUGUUUCCUAAAAUUUUGCUGUUUUGUUAAAUCGGGGUUCCUCUUGUCCAUCUGUCCCCCUGUAUUAUACCUGCGCUGGCCAAGGUGAGUCCAGGAGAUUGGGGACCCCGCCCGGGCCUGCGUCCUGCUGGAGUGAGCCAGCACAGGCAGGGGCUGACUGCAUGCUGACCUCGUCCCUCUCCUGACACCCCACCUGGCUCCCCAGCAGGUGUGCCCAGGACCUCAGAGAUGGCCUGACCUGUCGGUCCUUGGGAGCUGGGUGCAGCCCACCUGGAGGCCUCUGGCAUCUGAGGGGCCAGGAGUGCCAGGUGCUUCUCAUUGCCACUGGUGCAGAGGGGAUGCAGGGGUAAGGCCUAGCGGCCACAGGGCCUUUGGUGGCAUGUGAAUACACUUGGGGACAUUGGAAAGUGCCCGUGGUGGUGGCUUUUUCAUUUGGGCAACACAGGGAGCAUUGUAGUCUUCAGGCCAUUGGACCCGUUUGCUUAGGUGUUGUAAGGUCACCAGGGACUCUGACCUGCAGCUCAGGGACUCGGAGCCCCUUCCUGAACGUGCUGAGUGAAUAUUUAUUUUUGUAUCCAUUGGAAAAGUGUAUGGAUCUUAC